AUGUUCGUCGUCUCUAAUACCUUCGUCAUGCCGCGUCACUAUCCUAAUAUCAACCGCCAACCGCUCAUCUCGUCACCUAGUCAAACCCAGGCGAACCCACCAGCAACAGCAACAACACCGCGAGAAAACAAUUCCGCAGUACAACCUCAGACCCAGGCCCAAGCACCAACAACACCAGUCCGAAACCUACCUCCCGUCCCUCCCUUCCCAUCAACAGAGCCUCAACCCCGCUCCACUGUGCCGCCGGCCAUGCUAGCUAUACGAGAGCUAACAAACGACAUUUCCUACGACAUCCUCCACGAACUGCCCGCUGUCCUUGUCCAACUAAUCCACAGCAUCACACAGACACUGCGGAAUGGAUUCGGCAACCGCCCUCCUCAUACGAUUCAGAGGCUGGCAGAGCUGAUCCUCCAUCCUACGAAACAUUACAAAACCCUCCCGGCAUAUCUGCGCGCUAUGGACCGCAUUGUCAGCGUCAGCAGCACGGCAGACAUCUUUCCACUCUCAGAAGUGCCCGCGAUCGUCAAUGGCGUGAACGGCGAGGGAGGACUGGGUAUACUGUGGAACAACACCGACGCGCGGAACGGUUACGAUGGGGAUUCCCUUGGCAGCGAUGAGAGUCUGGGUGGCGCGUUGCUCACCCCGAUACCUUGGCUGCGGAACGGGAUCAAUAGUGUUGAGGACUUGGGUGAAGAUUCGGCACCGCUGGAUUCAAAUCAUAGUGCCGUGAGUGGUGGUGAUGGGUUUGGCGAGGCGAUUAGUUUAGGGCCAGGCUUAGGGAAUGGCGAUCCCCUUGUGCCGGAGAGAGAAGACGGCGCGGUCACGCAAGGCGAGCUGAUGCGCAUGGAGCAAGAGGCGGGCGUGGUGCCCUUAACGCAAAACCGUGAAGAUACCAAUGUGUCGAGAAGCAUGGUCGAUAUUGGUGAAGAAGGCGGAUAUCUCGAUGAAGGCGACGUGGUUCCGCACGCGCGUGGUCCAGAUGUCGUUGGCUCCGUCGAUAUGGGCCGCGUGGGCGGAAAGGACGUCGAACUCCAUAUCGGUAGUCCUCCUAUCGGCGAGGAGAAGACCACAAAAGACCCGAAUAAUGCGCAAGACGUGCUUCCGACACAAGACGCACAGCAGGCGACUACUACGUCCACAGCCCCUUCUAGCAUAACACUAGCGUCUUCAACCGCUGACUCCGAGGAAUUCGAAAUCGUCAACAAGGAGAGCGCAGACGCGGAUGCCGAUGCAGACGCGAUGCAACUCGAUGAUACAGCGAACCCGCUACAACAAGAAAAAGACACCUCGACCUCCACCACUUCAGACCCGCAACAGCGGCAGAAUUCACCGGCAGAAGAUGGCGAUAUCGUCCUCGUCGAUGCAGACGGGAAAGUCGAUGACGAGGACGACGGCCAGGCGAGUAAAGAGAGCGGGGCUAAGAAAAAUAAAGACGGCAGCAAUGCCACGACUUCACCAGAGGCAGACACUUCCAAAUCGACUUAG